AUGACGACCGCCAACCCCAACCCCAGCAACAUAACAUACCUCCCUACCCAUCUCUGCACCGAAGUCACUCCGCAAUGUCCAGUCGAGCACUCCAUCUACGGCUACUACCCAUCGAUUGGGGGGAAUGCAUUCUUCGUCGGCUUUUUCUUCAUGGCUGCCGCCUUCCAGUUGUACGCGGGCAUUCGGUACAAGACGUGGACUUACCUGGUCGCCAUGUUCCUCGGCUGCGUCGACCAGGCGCUGGGCUACAUCGGCCGGGCCAUCCUGCACAACAACCCGUUCGACUCGGUGGGCUUCGAGAUCCAGAUCUGCUGCCUGAUCCUGGGGCCGGCCUUCAACUCGGCCGCCAUCUACCUCGUCCUGAAACAUAUCACGCUGUGCUUCGGCCCCGAAUACUCGCGCAUCCCACCGAGAUGGUACACGUACAUCUUCAUCACCGGCGACCUGAUCUCUCUCGUGAUCCAGGCCAUUGGAGGCGGCAUUGCUGCCACAUCGCUGUCCGAUGAAGCGCGACAAGCAGUGGGCGACCAUUUGAUGAUGGCCGGCAUUGCCUUUCAGGUCGUCACCUUGGCAUUCUUCGCCACAGCCGCCACCUGGUACAUUCGUCGCCGCAGGCAGGCCCCCGAGCCUUUGUCGUCCGAGGCGGCUGGUUUCCUACGCAGCCCCAAAUUCAGGGCAUUUGCCGUCGGCUUCGCCGCCGCCUUCACCGCCAUUCUCAUCCGAUGUGUCUACCGUAUUGUCGAAAUGGCUGGAGGAUGGGGCAACGAGAUCAUGCAGAAUGAAGCCUCCUUUAUCGCCUUGGACGGAUGCAUGGUGUCCUUCGCCACACUGAUACAAACAGUCCUACAUCCCGGCUGGUGCUUCCCUCGGCUCUCGAGCGCUUAUACUCCACCACCGAACCGGACGUCGACGUCCGGCAUGAGAUCCGCCCCUGGCGAAACAAUCGAGAUGUACAAAGAAGGGGAAUCUGGAUUUCCCGACGACCACGCUUGA